AUUCCAUCUUCUUAGUGAUUGACAUUAAAUUCAUUUAUUCAUGGGUGAGCUUCAGUUCACUUCACUCCAUGUACUCUUUGUUUUCCCUUUCAUCUUCUUCUUCUUCUUCUUUUUCAUGGCAAUGAAAAGGAGAGCUAAGCCCUCAUCCCAAAAGUUGCCUCCAGGACCAUGGAAGCUGCCUGUCAUUGGAAAUAUGCACCAGCUUUUAGAUACGUUACCUCAUCGAUCCCUUGCAAGGUUGGCCAUGAAAUAUGGACCAUUGAUGCACUUAAAGCUUGGAGAAGUAUCCACCGUAGUAGUUUCCUCACCAGAUAUUGCCAAACAAAUUCUGAAAACUCAUGACAUCGAUUUCGCUCAAAGAUCUUCUUUUCUUGCGCCUGAAAUCAUUACUUAUGAUUGUACAGACAUCGUCUUUUCUCCAUACGGUGGCUACUGGAGGCAGCUGCGAAAAAUUUGCAUGGUGGAACUUCUGAGUACAAAGCGUGUCCAGUCGUUUAGAUGGAUCAGGGAAGAGGAGGUGGAGAAUCUCAUCAAAGCUAUAUCCUCGCAUGAAGGGUCACCAAUCAAUGUGAGUGACUUGAUCUUCUCAUUAACAUAUGGCAUGGUUUCAAGAGCUGCCUUUGGGAAAAAAUACAAGGAUCAAGAACAAUUCAUGAAAGUUAUCAAGAAAGUUUUCGAGCUAGCAUCAGGUUUCUCUGUUGCAGAUAUGUACCCUUCAAUCAAAUUGCUUCAGAAGGCAACUGGACUAAGGCCUAAACUUGAGAAGCUGCAUGGAAUAGCAGAUCGGAUACUUGGAAACAUCAUAAAAGAGCACAGGAACAAAAAUGGGAAUGAGAUGGAAGAAGAUACAGUCGACGUCCUUCUCAAGCUUCAAGAGCAUGCUGACCUUGAGUUUCCUAUUUCUGACAAAAUCAUUAAAACAGUCAUUUUGGAUCUGUUCAGUGCAGGAAGCGAUACAUCGUCAGCAACUAUGGAAUGGGCGAUUUCUGAAAUGCUGAGAAACCCAAGAAUAUUGAGAAGGGCACAAACUGAGGUAAGAUAUUUGUUCAGAGACAAAGGAAAAGUAGAUGAAGACGGCCUUCACGAGUUAAAAUUCCUGAACUGUAUCAUCAAAGAAACCCUGAGGCUGCACCCUCCAGUUCCUCUGAUCCCAAGAGAGAGUAGAACAAACGUUGAGAUUAACGGAUACCAUAUUCCUGUCAAGACUAAAGUAACUAUCAAUGCAUGGGCCAUCGGCAGAGAUCCCAAGCAUUGGACUGAAGCUGAAAAAUUUUACCCAGAAAGAUUUCUUGAUAGUUCAAUUAAUUACAAGGGAACAGAUUUCGAAUUUAUCCCAUUUGGAUCUGGAAGGAGAAUAUGUCCAGGCAUAGCGUUUGCUAUGGCUAAUAUUGAGCUACCACUGGCUCAAUUGCUCUACCAUUUUGACUGGAAACUUCCUAAGGGAAUGAAGAAUGAAGACCUGGACAUGACUGAGGAUUAUGGCUUAACAUCUAGAAGAAAACGUCAUCUCUUCGUGGUUCCCACUUCAUAUCAUCUUUAAGAUAUAGGCAUGGAAUAAUCACAUCUAUAAUAGGUUCACUUAUUUUAGAGUAAUAAUUAUUGUUAUUAAAGAAGAAAUUUCAAAUUAUGGGGAGAGCUAAGUACUAAUAUGUAAUUUCUAAAUAUACAUACAUGCCUUAUAAAAACAGGGGGUUGAAGCAUCAAUUCCCCAAUUUGACUAGUGUCUCUACUGGCUGGAGCCAUCAAAUGGCUGCUUCAUUCACAUUGCGAAAUACAGCACUCCAUUCACAAUCUACUUGCAAACCUUUCCUUGAUCUUUUUAAUAUUUUCCACCAAAAGGCAUUAAAUCUUCAUAAUUAGGGUUCUGUAAUGCUAAAAUGACCGGCUGACAAUCACUUUCUCUAACCAACCGUCUCCAAUUCCUGCUUUCCAGCCAACUCAAAACCUCCUUAAUCGCUAAUGCUUUAGUAAUUUUGGGCGUAAAAUUUCCAGGCAACCGACUAUUCUUAGCUGCAAGAAAUCUACCAUCCUCGUCCCGAAUCAGAAAACCAAAUCCCUUUUCAUUCAUGGCCACAUGUGUUGCAGCAUCAACGUUCACUGUAACAAUCGGCUGAA